UUGGAACUGGUGGACAUCCUGACCGCUGCCAUUGCCCAGAUUUAGUAUCAAGCCAUGCCAUACCUCCCCAAUGGCGCACUGCAUAAAGCGCAAGAGACUCCCUUUCAUUCCGUCGUCGGUCUCGAAAGAUAGUCCUCCAUCCUCCGUCGACUCCGUACCUCGACACGUCUUUGGCGCCAGCGGAAAAUUGAUUCUCCAUUUUAUAAGCUUCGUCGUCACUACAGAAUUAUCAUGGAGAAAACUGCUGGAACGGAACAGGGAUGUGGGGCCGAAUGCUCGCCUCGCCUUGCAAAAGGGACGGCCAGUCUCAAUUCUCGAAGCGCUCCCCGCAGCCUUUCUCGAAGCAUUCCAGGCCCCAAGUCCAACGAGGCAGGGCUUUCUGGCUUUCUGGAUGGCAGACGGAUCUCUAACGCGGAUGGGCUUGUUUCAGCCCAAGCUUCGGAGAUAGAUUGAAUUUGUGAGGGAGUCGCGGGCCCCGCGGCGAGAAUUGCUCCCCUUGGUACGGAGGAGCUAACGUGUUAAGUCACUGGCCACGCAUUUCGUCCCUGGGGCUCGCCGAGACACAGUCAAAGCCCAGACUCUCAGUAACAUGUUUGGGCUAAAGAAAUUGCAUUCCUUCUCACUGAUACAGCUGUCUGCUGAUCGCUUUGUUUUAAGCAGAUAUCCUCCGUUCCUUUGAGUCUGGCGCUGGUCCUGUCUCCAUUUCACUGAUACGAUAUCAGCGUUCCCUGAGUACAGAUUGUCAGAUCAAUCCUGUUUAGGAAAUUCCAUGUCGAUCUUCUUAGAAUAGAGAUCCGUGAUUGGAUUCCAUCAAACAAACCCGGCCCCACGCAGGCCCUGAUCAUGUGUUUUCGUGGACACCGCGUCGCUGGUUUCAACGGCGGAUAGUUCCGCGAUUGAAGCGACAUUGCAGCAUACUUUUUUUUUUGGAAACUCAAAAGAAAGUAUCGACGAGACUUCUCAGGGCCAAAAAGCCAUCUCAUCAUACGGCACACUAAAAUCCUGUUCUUGAAACGAAAGAGCCUCGUAUCUGAGAUGAAUUUAAAUGAUAAACUCUGUGCUGGAUACAUCGAGGACAUCGCGACUGCUUGGUGUCCUACGCAAGGGAAGACACCGAACCCCGCAAAAUGCGGUUGCCGCACCGUGUGAUGGCUCUCCAGCCUUGCCACAGGGUGACUUGCAGCAACCAGUUAAUGUAUGCACACAAUACGCAUAUGCAUCUGGUAUGUCAGCCCCCGGAAAGUAAUGUGUUGGCCGCUCUCAUUCUCCGUCCAUGUGGAGUUGGGAACCCGUACCGGUGCUUUUCCACAGCUCACCGUAUUUUCAAAAUGACGGAACUGCAACCAAUGCGUGACGGCGACAAGUGAGAUUGGUUGAAUCUUAUAUAUGUUUACCCGUUACUUCAGAUACAUAAAUACCUUCAAUCAUGGUCUUAUUCAGGCCUCCAGCCGUUCAAACAAAUGUAUGUCCGUACAUACAUACGGA